CUGUACAAGGAGGCCAUGAUGGAGGAGCACCAGCCUCUUAUAUCACAAGAAAAUUCCAGUAACAAUUCUGAGGGAAACUUCAUAUUAUCACUAACUUAUAAAGCAAAAGAUAAAGAUAUCCUACAGCUUUCUUCAGGAAAAAAACUCAUUACCCUUAAUGUACAUCCAGGACUUCACAGUUCAGAGCUAUCAUAUAACUCCCCUAAUCAUGAGGAACUUUCUCCUGAUCAAUCACACAUUGUUACCAGAAGUAAAAAUCAGAAAGGGGUGAAACUGUUUCAGUGUGGCAAAAAAUCCACAAAAACCUCAGGUCUUUCUGCAAAGAGGAGAAAACAUAAAGGAGAGAAGCCAUACUCCUGUUCAGAAUGUGAGAAAUGUUUUAAAAAUAAAUCACAUUUUUUUAGACAUCAGAGAAUUCACACAGGAGAGAAGUCACACACCUGUUCAGAAUGUUCCAAGUGCUUUACAGACAAAUCAAGUCUUAUUAGACAUGAGAAAAAUCAUACAAAAGAGAAGUCAUAUUCAUGUUCAGAAUGUGGGAAGUGCUUUACAGAUAAAUCAAAUCUUGUUAUACAUGAAAGAUUUCACACAGGAGUGAAGCCAUUUUCAUGCUCAGAAUGUGAGAAAUGUUUUACAUUGAAAUCAAGUCUUGUUGAACAUAGGAGAAUUCACACAGGAGAGAAGCCAUAUUCGUGUUCAGAAUGUGGCAAAUACUUUGCACAGAAGUCUAUUCUUGUUAAACAUGAGAAAAGUCAUACAGAAGAUAGGCUACAUUCAUGUUCAGAAUGCCACAUGAAAAGGGAGCCCCAGCAGUAA